AUGUCAACAAACCCGAGUGCCAAUGGCUCCUCCUCCCAAGUGCCCGUGGAGGACAACUCCGUGAAGGACAGCAUAAAGGUUAUCACAGGGGUGAUAUUCAGCUUCAUCUUCCUGGCUGGUGUGACUGGGAACGGGAUAGUCCUGUUCGUCACUGGGUGGAAGCUGCGAUGGACCUCCAACACCGUCUGGUUCUUCAACCUGGCCUUAGCCGACUUAGCGUCCACCUCCCUCAUCCUUGUCACGGUACUCAACUUGGCGCUUGAUCUGCAUUGGCCUUUCGGAUCCGUGGCUUGCAAAGUGGCCAAUUGCCUCUUCGGGCUGAGCGUCUGUAGCGGUGUGUUGCUACUGAGCUCCAUCAGCGUGGAUCGCUGCGUGUUGGUGGUGGCUCCCGUCUGGUGCCAGAACUACCGCACGCCCCGACUCACCUGGGCGGCUUGCGGAUUCCUUUGGCUGCUGUCGUUGGCAUUUUUCGUCCCCAGCUCCUACUUCUUCACCCAGGUCUCGGUGGAUAACAACAACCGGAGCUCUUGCAACAACCUGGACAUUUUUCAGGACUGGCAACAAGCCGAAGUCCUCACCAUUUGCAUUUUCCUCUAUCAAUUCCUCCUUCCCUUACUGGUCAUCUCCAUUUCCUACACAAUCCUGGUGGUGACCAUGAAAAAGAAGAAGCUGAACAAAUCCAGCAAGCCCUUCCUGGUGGUCACCAGAGUGGUCUUCUGCUUUUUCCUCUGUUGGCUCCCUUAUCAUGCGUUGGCUCUGGCCAGGAUCUCAAUGGAUCACGUGCCGGAGAGCAUGCGGCUGGUGGCCAUUCCCCUCUCCAAAUGCCUGGCCAUGUUCAACAGUUGCAUUAACCCCUUGCUUUAUGUCUUUGUAGGGCAGGAAUUCCAGGACGCCGUCAGGAGGUCCUUGCUGCAGGUCUUCAAGACCGCUUUCGAGGAAGCCCCUCUGGGCGCCAACCUCUGA